GUGUUGCUUCUUCUUCCUCUCCAUCGUCUUCAUCUUCAUUUAAACAUUUUGAUCAAUAAUCUAUAUAUCUGAGGCUUAAAUCUCUCUCGUUUGAGGAGUUUGGGUCUCGGAUAAAAAAGUUAUUUCAAAAUGAACCUACCAAACAACCUGUUGGGUCUUCUCAACAUUCUCACCUUCCUGAUAUCGAUUCCAAUCGUCGUAGUCGGGGUACAGAUGAACAGGGUACAUGGCGGUGGGGAGUGCUUCGAGUUGUUCAGGAAGCCCGUCCUCAUAUUGGGUGUGAUGAUCAUGGCGAUGUCCGUCGUGGGCAUAAUCGGCGCAUGCUGUCGGGUCUCUUGGGUCCUAUGGAUCUACCUCUUUGCUAUGCUUCUCCUCAUCAUCUCCCUCUUCAUCGUCUACGGCAUAGCCUUGGUUGUCGUGUGGAAUUCAGGCGGCGGAACUAGGCUUCCCGGGACAGAGUUGAAGGAGUACAAGCUUAGCGGCUACUCGGAGUGGUUGCAGAAUAGGGUUCAGGGAAAGAGCUGGGACACGGUCAAGAAUUGUCUCGUUGUUGGCGAUGCCUGCUCUGAGAUGCCCAAGAAUGACACUGCACUCAAGGAGUUCAAUAUGAAGGAGUUGAACCCCGUUAUGUCUGGUUGCUGCAAGCCAUUAGCUGAGUGUGAAUUUACCUAUCAGAGUCCCACCGUGUGGAAUAAGACAAAGAAUGCUUCUUCCAACUCUGACUGUAAAGCAUGGGACAACAACCCAAAGGUCAAGUGCUUCGACUGCAAUUCUUGCAGGGCUGGAAUUCUGGAACAGCUGAUAAUUGCAUGGAGGAAGGCUCACUUUUUCAAAUUUGCAUUGAUAGGGUUCCUCUCGGUUAUCUACAGUGUUGGAUGCUGCGCUUUCAAAGAAAGCAGGAAGAAACCUGACUAUUGGAGGCAAUGAUAAAAAGAAACUCUUUCAUCUUCCUCUUAUUAGCAACCGCUGGUCCUGAUGACUACUUAUUUUUGGAUUGGAAGCCAUCCUAAGCUUGGAAACUUCCUCUGGUACACUUUUUGUUGUUGUUGUUUUCCCUCCUGUAACUAAAAUCAUCGCUAUUAUUAAUCACUCAUUUUUGUUUUAUUUAUUUAUUAAUUAAA